AUGUCGACAUAUGCUAAAUUCAUGAACGAAAUUCUUACAAAGAAAAGGAGGCACACAGACGACGAAACAAUUCAUUUAGACCUUAGCUACACUACUAAGAUUCAGAAAACCCUUCAGCGGAAAGAAAAAGAUCCUGGAAGAGUUAUGCUACCUAUUGCCAUAGGAAACGUAAAUGUUAAUAAAUCAUUGGUUGAUCUUGAUUCCAGCAUAAAUCUGAUACCAUUACCAGUGGUUAAGCGGAUAAGCAAUCUUGACAUGAAACAAACAAAUAUGACAUUACAACUAUAUGACAAAUCCAUCACACGUCCGCCAGGGAUAAUAGAAUACAUUUUGGUUAAAGUUGACGAAUUUGUGUUCCCUAUAGAUUUUAUGGUGAUGGGUAUUGAAGAAGAUGAUGAAGUCCCUCUAAUUUUAGGCUGA